AUGCGCCUUCCCGCCGCCCGCUUCCCCUUUCCCGCCGCCCGAUGCGCAUUCCCGCCGCCCGAUCCCCUUUUCCCGCCGCCUCCCUUUUCCCCUGUCCGUCGCCCGACCCCCCUUCCCUUCCUUCUCUCCCUUCCAUCCCUUCUCUCCCUUCCCUCCCUUCUCUCCCUUCCCUCCCUUCUCUCCCUUCCCUCCCUUCUCUCCCUUCCCUCCCUUCUCUCCCUUCCCUCCCUUCUCUCCCUUCCCUCCCUUCUCUCCCUUCCCUCCCCUCUCUCCCUUCCAUCCCUUCUCUCCCUUCCCUCCCUUCUCUCCCUUCCCUCCCUUCUCUCCCUUCCCUCCCUUCCCUCCUUUCCCUCCAAUCCCUCCCUUCUCUCCAGUCUCUCCCUUCCCUCCCUGUCUCCCUUCCCUCGCUUCCCUCCCUUCCCUCCCUUCUCUCCCUGCUCUCCCAUCUCUCCUUUCCCUCCCUUCUCUCCCAUCCCUCGCUUCCCUCCUUCCCUCCCUUCCCUUCCUUCCCUCCCUUCUCUCCCUUCCCUCCCUUCUCUCCCCCCUUACCUUCUCUCCCUUUUCUCCCUUCCCUCUCAUCCCUCCAUGCAAUCUCCUGUCUCUCCUUUCUCUCCCUUCUCUCCCGUCCCUCCCGUCCCUCCCGUCCCUCCCUUCCUGCCCUUCUCUCCCUUCAAUACCUUCGCUCCCUUCCCGCCCUUCUCUCCCUUCAAUACCUUCGCUCCCUUCCCGCCCUUCUCCUCCCCCCCACCGUAUCUCCGUUACCUUCCAUUUCAUCCCUACUCUUCCUCGUCUCUCCCUCCCGACAUCUCUCCUGCUUCUCCUUUCACUCCCUUUCAUCCCUUGCCUCCCUUGACUACCUUCCCUCCCUUCUCUCCCUUCGAUAGAAGUCUCUCCGUUCCCUCCUUUUCUCUCCCUUCUCUCCCGUGUCUCCCUUCCUCGCCCUUCACUCCCUUCCCUCCCUUCUCUCCCAUGUCUCCCUUCCUCUCCCUUCACUCCCUUCCCUCCCUUCUCUCCCUUCCCUCCCUUCCCACCCUUCUCUCCCUGCCCUCCCUUCCCUCCCUUCUCUCCCUUCCCUCCCUUCUCUCCCUUCUCUCCCUUCUCUCCCUUCUCUCCCUUCUCUCCCUUCUCUCCCUUCUCUCCCUUCUCUCCCUGCCUUCCUGUCCCCCAUCCUUCCUUCCUUACGCACUCCUCCAGCCAUUCUCUCCUCUUGCAAUCCUCACUGCCAUCCUUGCCUUCCGCUAA